AUUUUUCAAAAGGUCAUUCGAUCAAGAGAGUGGGAAGAAUGAGGUGCCUCUUCUUUAUCACUUUUCUCGUGCUCCUUCACAAUACAAUGGGUUGCAACGAUCUCAUCCAUCUCUCCUGCAAGAAAGCUGCAGCUAGUGAUCCCAAUUUGAGCUACAACUUCUGUGUUUCAAGCCUUGAGGCCAUCCCCAAAAGCCAUGGAGCAGACCUUGAGCAACUUGUGGCCCUUACACUUAACCUCACCAUAUCCAACGCAACCAGCAUCAAUUCCACCAUUUCGAAGCUUUUACUCGAUAAAAAAUUCGACAAGUAUGCAAAGGAGUGCUUGCAAGACUGCUUAGAGCUGUAUUCGGAUGCCGUUCCUACCCUACAAGAGGCGGUUGGUGCCUUUAAGGCCAAGGAUUAUGGUAAAGCUAACAUAGAAAUCAGUGCUGCCAUGGAUGCAUCUAGCACUUGUGAAGACGGAUUCAUGGAGAAGAAAGGUGAAGUUUAUCCAUUAAAAAGGGAAAAUGAUAACUUCAGCCAAUUGAACGUCAUCUCUCUUGCUUUUAUGAACACAUUAGGUCAUUAGCUCUGGAUAAAUAAGCUAAGCUCGUUAAUGGUAUAAUUUAUUCUUCUUCUUCUUUUAAUUAGUUACUAGCCUCUUAACACACGCUAACGCGUGUGUCAAUUAGCUUUUUCUUUUUGUUAAUAUUUAUGUAAUAUUAAUAUGAUUUUUUGAAACUGCAA